AUGUAUGGCGGGGACGAAGAAUACGCAACCGGCCGUCGAAUUGCCACUCGCAGCUCCCCGGGGAGCCCAGAGUCUGGAAACUCGAACGAUUCCAAUGAGCUGGAAGAACCUUUCUUCUCGUCAUUGUCCUACAUUGAAGCACAGCAGCAACGUCUCGACUCUGAUUCCACCGGCAGCCACAGCACUCGUAGCCGCUUUCGAUAUGAGCCACGCGUGAUCGAAGUGGGUGGAGAUGAUGAUGAUGCCGACGAUGAUGACGGCAGCAUCACGGAUACAUCAAGGAGAAGCUCUGCCAAUCGCCACAGAGACUUGGCCAGUCGUUUCUUGGAAACUUCAUUUGAUCAAGAAGACAGUCCUCCUGCCAAAACACAACCUUCCCGUUCCAUCAACGCGGAUCUGUUUGGCUUCUUGACAGGCAUCAACUCUCCACAGGAGAACAACUUCUGGGACCAGCAUUCUGAACGUGGAACUCAGGUUGAUCAAAGCGUCAACUUGAUGGAUGUCAAUAUGACAAGCUAUGAGCAUCAACCCCGUGAUACUAAAUCGACCCGCACCCAGGCCCUCAAACAACCCUUUUCGCUGCUUCUCCAACCAAGCUCCCCAAAGAGACAGGUUGCUAAUCCUGUCGCAUCCAGAGAAGCCAAGCCUUUGAUGGAUAUUGAUCUGAGCAACAACCUGAACUCUGAUGAUCCCACUGCUUCUUCUGCUUGGGCGUCCAGAAAGGACGUGGCCUAUAGACGAAGCCAGUCGCUGGUCAUGCUAGGUCUCUUUCUCGUUGUUGUGUCCACAUUCAUUGCGUUUGUGACUGUGCCAAAGCACGGUGGACGACUAUUUGAGCUCGAUGCCCAAAACGUUGCUUCAGCAAACGACACGGAUGCUUUCGUAGUUGAACAAUCCAAUCUCACCAAACAGAUACCAGAGGAAUCAUCCAGUGGCGACGCUAGCCACUUUAAAAUUGAAGACAACUUGACAGCAGGAAGUGUCGAGGAUCCUGGUGACUCCAAUGUGACAAUGGCGGCAAAACAGGGCACAACCACUUCAAUUUCAAAGAAAGCUGCCACCGGAGGUGCCGGAGAGAAGUCUGGAGAUGGCAAGUUGGAUGCAAUUUCUGAUUCAGAGCCCACAAUCACCGAGGAAACUUGGAAAGAAGAUAACCAGAAGGCACGGAUAACGAAUCCCUUGCUUGAUGCUAUCGCAAUGGUGCCUCAGAAUGGAUCGCGAAAGGAUGCCAUUCGGUACAUUCUGGCAGUGCUUGACGUGUCAGAAGCCGCCGAUUUAGACGAUCCGGACACAGCGGCCUACCAAGCACUUGAGUGGAUAAGCGACUACGACGACCUUCAGUUGGCAGUUCCAGGGUUUGACACUACGGUGAGAUAUGAUCCGAACAUUGAUAAUCUUCUUCAUCAGAUCCUCGAACGAUACGCAUUAGCUGUGCUAUUCUUCGAAAUGGGGAGCGACCCAAAGUACAAAGGUGAGGCAUCAAAGGAGAACCGCGAAAAAUUCGAAGAAACCUGGAUCAAGGGCACGACGUGCGAGUGGUUUGGAGUUCAAUGUCAAGAACACAGGGUAGCCGCUCUCAAAAUCUCAAAGUCCCUCUUAGUUGGCAGACUACCUCGAGAAAUCUUUUCAGGCGUGGCUCUGCCAAAACUAACCAGCUUGGACCUCAGCUACAACUCCAUUCAGGGGUGGUUGCCGAAUCUUGUCAGUGCUCAGUUGGCGCCGAGGUGGAGUUUCAGUCCGAUCAAAGAAUUGCACCUACAGCACAAUCAGAUGGGAGGGCAUUUGGAUUCAAUGAUGGAACUAAAGAAUCUUUCUUAUGUGGAUAUCAGCCACAACGGGUUCAAUGGAGACAUCCCUGAAUACAUCGAUAAUCUGAGCAAUCUCGAGUUUCUAUCCAUGUACAACAAUGGAUUAGAACAUGACCUCCCGACAUCUUUAGGCAGUCUUACCAAGUUGACAACCCUUCAUUUGGACGGGAACAAAUUCGCUGGCACCGUUCCGUCUGCGUUGGGCCGCCUGCAAAGUCUGGAAACACUCCGCCUGCUUGACAAUAGGUUGACCGGCACGGUUCCGGGGGAAGUAUGUGACUUGUUGUCCCUUGGAAGUUUAGAAGUGCUUAUUGCGGAUUGCUCCCGUCAUCAGAUUUCCUGUGACUGUUGCACAACGUGCUGGAGGGGGUAG